UCCAUAGCGACGACACCCCGGAAAUACAACAUAACCUGUCAGUGGCGCUCAUCUUCACGUAUGUUUAUCUGCCACUUUGUUUUUCUAAAAAGGAAGUCUUUACAUAUAACUCAGAACUGAGAACUUUGAUUCUUCGUCGGUUGAGCCGGUAAACAUGUCGGAGCCUGAGGAGGACCUCCAGAGAGAGCAGAGAGACGUCACGAAGAAGAAAGAAAAAGAAAAACGAAGCGCGAAGAAGAAGAAAAAGAAGAAGAAGAAAAAGACGGAGGAGGAGGAGGAGGAGGAGGAGAAGUGCGAAAAGGAAGAGCAGCAGGUUGAGGAGGAAGAGGAGAACAGUGAGUGUGUUGUGCUGCGUGGGAUCUUCAAACUGGGGAAGAAGAGUCACGAUGUUCUGCUCACCCGAACCAGGCUGACGUGGAUCCCCAUCACCCCGGAGACCCCCACAGGUGAGGCGUGCGUGCUGCAGCCAGGUGUGAUGCUGCUGCAGGACGUGUUUGCGGUGAAGGUGAAGCGGCGGCGUAUGAUAGGCCAGCAGUCGGGGGGACCCGUGCUUGGCGUAGCUCUGUUCUUCUGCAGGAGGAGAGGCAGGAGGCUGGAGGAGGAUACGCUGCACCUCCACAACGCUUCUGCAGAACACACACACACCUGGUACAACACCCUGAAGGACCUGCUCACAGGCUCCAGCAGUCGUCCCAGGUAUCUAAAGGUGUUUAUCAAUCCCAGCAGCCACAAGAAGGAGGCCGUUCACAUCUACAGAGAACAUGUGGCUCCGCUCUUCAAGAUGGCCGACGUCCGCACUGACAUCACCGAUGUGACAGAGAGGAAGGGUCAUGCUCUCUCAGUGAUGAAGGAAUGCAAGCUGGAUGAAUAUGAUGGGGUGGUGUGUGUUGGUGGGGACGGGUCGGUGGCGGAGCUGUGUCACGCUCUGGUCCUCAGAGCUCAGCUGGAUGCUGAUUCUCCAGAGAAACCAGUGACACCAGUGCUGCCACUUGGAAUCAUUCCUGCUGGUUCUACAGACGUGGUUUCCUGUUCUGUUCAUGGAGUCAGAGAUCCGGUCACUGCAGCCCUGCACAUUGUCCUGGGUCACCUGCAGCAGGUGGACAUGUGCAGCUUCUCGUCUCUUGGUCAGUUGGUGUGUUUCGGUUUCUCCGCCAUGUUCGGCUUCGGUGGGCGGUGCUUAGCACGGGCGGAGAAGAAGAGGUGGAUGCCGUCGUCGCGGCGACGGGAGUACGCUCUGGUGAAGACGCUGGCUAGGCUGAGACCAGAGGACUGUCAGCUGUCUUUUCUACCAGCGAAGAAGUCAAAUAGAGACGUGGAUCCAGAGUCAGAAGGUGAGGAGACCUGGACGACUAAUCAGGGCUUGUAUCUGAGCAUCAGCAUCAUGUCCGUCCCCUGCCUGAGCCCACACACACCUCAAGGCCUGGCUCCCAACACCAGUUUGGCAAAUGGCAGUGCAGCAUUGAUCGCAGUCGGAAACACUUCCAGGUCAGAGUUCGUCAAACACCUGAAGAGAUACAGCAGCUCUAGUGGACAGUUCAGCUUCUCAUUUGUGGAGACGCACAACGUGUCAGCGGUGAGGAUCCGCCCCCGCUCGCUGGUUGGCUGGUCGGAGGAGGAGAGCGAGGAAGAAGGUGAGUCCAAAACCUCGCCAAUCAUCCAAUCAGAAGGAGCCGCCUUCCCCUGGAACAUCGAUGGAGAGCUGGUGGAGAUCGCUAACGAAGUGCUUGUCAGGGUCCAUCCGCGGCUCAUCACUCUGUAUGGGGAGGAGGUGGACGAGGCCGAGUCGACCGUUUCCUGCAGCUGCAUCUGAGUCCAACAGAAAGUGCUGCUGUGUGUGUGUGUGUGUGUGUGUGUUGGACAGACACGUCGCCAUGAUAACAAUAACUAAACAGUGCCCCCUCUAGGUCAUUACUGUUUCCAUGCCGAAGUUCAAAUUAGAGAUUUGCAGCUUCCUGUUUACGUCAUGUAUAUUAACGCUGUAUUCAUUUAUUUUUAUUUUUAUUGAUUACUGCAGCUUUAAUAACUGCUAAUGUAACUUGUGUAAGCCACCUUUAACUCUAAACUAACUCCGUGCUUUAUAAAAGUGUAUCACUUCUAGACCUCAUUGAUGAUAAAGAUUAAUGCUUUUUUUCUAACUCAAAUUAAUGUUUACAUUUUACUAUAUUUUAAUGACCAGCUGACUUUAAUCUAAUUUGUGUUGCCUAUUUUUUUAUUACAAUUUUCAUUUUGCUUUAUCUUGUCCAGUUUGUAGUUCUGCUGCAGAGCAAAGAUUCAUCUGUAACUUAAAAAUGUGAGCUAAGAAAUAGUUAAUUGCAUCCAACACUGUGAGGAAAAGAAUAAAGCUUAUGUGUAUUAAUGUUUGUAUGUUGAUGAUGAGCAGAACCAGACUGGCUAAAGUGCC